CCUGAGCCUUCCCAGGGCUCAGCUCUUUGGGGCUGCCCAUCCCUCCCGCGGCGAGAAAGGACGCGCGCCCGGCGUUGGGCGAAGAAAAGAAGAAAAACUUGUCGGAGAGGUUUCGCCGGUCCACAGUAACCCCUUUCCGCGAACCCAGACCUCCCGCGGUGGCCAUCCCGAGGCAGGGGAAAGUUCCUUCGGAUCCGACUGCCCUCUUGGAUGUGGAGGAGGCACCCGCGCUGUCUGAGGAUUUAGAUCUGUUUUGAACCCAGUGGAGCUCAUCGCGGGGUCUCCUAAGGCAGCGGGGUGGUGCUGCCUGUGCGGAAGCGAGAGUUUGUGAGCCCAAGCUGCAAGUGGUCUUUCUCCCAGCGGUUGUUGUUUUGUGUCAGUGGUGAGGGCUGCGAGUGUUGUGGCAAGUUGAGAAGAGAGACCCGGAGGUCCGGAGAGGACUGCGCUGCCGCUGCUACUCCCUUCCGUUUCCCGGCUCCCGGGUGUGAAAUCCCAGCGAAAUUUACAAAGGCCUCGGGGUACGGCGGAGACCUGUCCGCAGCGUUAAGCUCCGUGGACCCCUUUCCCACUGUGAGCCCGGGCGCCGGGGAAGGACUGGCGGGUAGGAGGAGGAGGUGGCGGCGGCGGCAUGGCGAGGUUCCCGAGGGCCGACCUGGCUGCUGCAGGAGUUGUGUUACUUUGCCACUUUUUAAUGGACCGGUUUCAGUUCGCUGACGGGGAGCCUGGAAACCAAAUCAAUGAUUGGCCACAGCAAGUUGCUCAGGCCUUCCCGCAAACAUCGGAGGAGGUGGAAGUAGACACACAGACUUUCAGCCACCGGUGGAAAAGGAGCACGGACUCCCUCAAAGCUGUGGACACAAACCGAGCGAGCACGGGCCAAGACUCCCCAGAGCCCAGAGGCUUCGCAGACCUUCUGCUGGACAACACCACUCAGAUCGAGGAGGACACAGAUCACAAUUACUAUAUAUCUCGGAUAUAUGGCCCAUCUGAUUCUGCCAGCCGGGAUUUGUGGGUGAACAUAGACCAGAUGGAGAAGGACAAAGUGAAGAUUCAUGGAAUACUGUCCAAUACUCAUCGGCAAGCUGCAAGAGUGAAUCUGUCUUUCGAUUUUCCAUUUUAUGGCCAUUUUCUACGUGAAAUCACUGUGGCAACUGGGGGUUUCAUAUACACUGGAGAAGUUGUACAUCGAAUGCUGACAGCCACACAGUACAUAGCGCCUUUAAUGGCAAAUUUCGAUCCCAGCGUCUCCAGAAAUUCAACAGUCAGAUAUUUUGAUAAUGGCACAGCACUGGUUGUUCAGUGGGACCACGUACAUCUCCAGGAUAAUUACAACCUGGGAAGCUUCACAUUCCAGGCAACCCUCCUCAUAGACGGACGCAUCAUCUUUGGAUACAAAGAGAUUCCUGUCUUGGUCACGCAGAUAAGUUCGACCAAUCACCCAGUGAAAGUGGGGCUGUCUGAUGCAUUUGUCGUUGUCCACAGGAUCCAGCAAAUUCCCAAUGUUCGAAGAAGAACAAUUUACGAAUACCAUCGAGUAGAGUUACAAAUGUCAAAAAUUACCAACAUUUCUGCCGUGGAGAUGACCCCAUUACCUACAUGUCUCCAGUUCAAUGGCUGUGGCCCCUGUGUAUCCUCUCAGAUUGGCUUCAACUGCAGUUGGUGUAGUAAACUUCAAAGAUGUUCCAGUGGAUUUGAUCGUCAUCGCCAGGACUGGGUGGAUAGCGGAUGCCCUGAAGAGGUACAGUCCAAAGAGAAGAUGUGUGACACUAUAGAGACCGUGGAAAGUUCUUCUCAGACCACCACAACCAUGCAGACGACGGCCACACAAUUCAGGGUCUUAACCACCACCAGAAGAGCAGCGACAUCCCAGCUGCCCACCAGCCUGCCCACAGAAGAUGAUACCAAGAUCGCACUACAUCUAAAAGAUAAUGGAGCUUCUACAGACGACAGUGCAGCGGAGAAGAAAGGGGGGACCCUGCAUGCUGGCCUCAUUGUUGGGAUUCUCAUCCUGGUCCUCAUUAUAGCAGCAGCCAUUCUUGUGACAGUCUAUAUGUAUCAUCAUCCAACGUCAGCAGCCAGCAUCUUCUUUAUUGAGAGACGCCCAAGCAGAUGGCCAGCGAUGAAGUUUCGGAGAGGUUCUGGCCACCCUGCCUAUGCUGAAGUUGAACCAGUAGGGGAGAAGGAAGGCUUCAUUGUGUCAGAGCAGUGCUGAGGUUUCUGCACAGAAGGGCACCAGUGCUGGU